AUGCCAUUAGUUGCAGCGACCACAUUGCCAAAAUUCAAGCCAAGAAACUCUAAAGAUGAAAAGCCAUUGAUUGCAUUAAUUGGUGAAAAUUCGGGAACAGAGCUGACAGAUUUCAUCAUUCCAUACAGCGUUCUUGUUGAAGCCAAUGUUGCUUCCCAAGUGCUCACCGUUUCCACAAGGAAGGACGAACCCAUCCAUCUAUUUCCCACACCCUCAUGUAAAAUGUUGGCUCAUACUCAUAUCAGUGAGUUUAAUGAACAGUAUCCUCAAGGAGCUGACUAUCUGUUUGUUCCCGCAGUUAAAAACAACACGAAUGAAAUCUUGUUGAAAUUUGUGAGAGAACAAUUCGAGAAAGGCGCCACUGUGAUUAGUAUUUGUGAUGGCAUUUGGGUUCUCGUGAAUGCAGGUUUAUUUGAAAAAGAUCCAUCGAGAGAAUCAUUGCAACGUGGUGUAGGUCAUUGGUAUUCGAUGAAUCGGUUACGAAAGCAACAUCCUCAUGUGGAAUGGAUGAGCAAUGAAAGAUAUGUUGUUUCGUCGAACUUCCAUGGUGGAAACCCUCUCAUUUCCACUUCUGGAAUUUCUGCUUCAAUUCCUGUCAGUUUAGCAUUGGUUGAAGCCAUUGCUGGGCAGGAACAUGCCCAGCGAGUGGCUCUGAAGUUUGGAGAGAGGCAUUGGAGCGCUCAACAUUGCAGUGAUGACUUUAAACUCACUCUGAAACGAGUGUUCACUUUGGCAAGUAAUUUUCUGAGCUUUUGGAAACAUGAAAAGGUUGGAAUUGUCGUGAAUUCUCCAAAGUUGCUUGAAUAUCAAAAAGAAGAAGAAUCAGCAGUGGAUGAAAUGAAACUGGCUUUGGUUGCGGAUUGUUAUUCGAGGACCUAUUGUUCACAAGCUUUUUGUGUUUACAGAAACAUCCACUCGAAAGAACAAGGGAAAAAACUCGAGGAAAAACCCCUCACUUUUAAAACAUUGAGAGGACUCACAUGGAUUCCAGAUCUUGUAAUGACCAUUCAUGAAGAAGCGGCAGCUGACUAUGACGACUCUCUCAAACAUCAACUCCAUUUGGAUCGAUUGGUCGACCUCUCUCCCAGCUCUUCUUCAGAAAAUGCAACACUCAAUGCUUCUCAAUUAUUGAACAAGACAUUACAAGACCUUUCUGAGCACUAUGGUGAAUCCACUCGUGAUUGGGUGGCCACUCAAUUGGAAUUUCUUGAAUAA